AUGGGCGACUUUGGCGACGAUGACCGCCGCCCGGCCAAGCGCAUCAGGUUUGAUGAAGCCGGCGCUGGCCAGGGUGCCCCGCCUCCUGAUGUCCACGAAGACGAAAUUUGGGGCAUGUCGCAAACAUCCAAUCCAGAAUGGCACUUUUCAAAUUCAGUCCUGGCCCCGGAUUCCUUUCCCAUGUCCAUGCCCGGGUCGUUAGACGGCAUAGCGCCUGAACAGAUUGUUACUAUACCCAUGAGCUCUCCUACUGCUUCCGGUUUCCCGAUAGACACCAUGGUACCACCAUGGGGGACUCGCUUCAACAUCGGUCCGAGUUCCAGUAACAUUUCGGACACGUUUCCGCAACCGCCGCCGCGACAUGUCCGACUCCCUAUGGAAGAGUCACGGCCAUUGCGGCCUUCACCGCAACAGCAACUUCCCUUACAUUCACAGAUUUCGCUGCAAUCGCAACCUUUGCCGCCUGUGCAGCUUCUGCCGCGGUCGCAGCUACCUCCACAGCCACGGCCAUCGCAGCCAUCCCGCAGCCCCUUGCUGAUACCCGAACUGAUCCACCAAGGACCUCGCCGGCGAAAAUUUCGGCCAAAGCAUGUCAUUACCAGUCCCUUCACGGACUGUAUCGACUCUUUUGGGAACCACUUCUCACUCCAACAAUUUCCUCGACCGAAGGACGGCACAGUCAACGGCUAUGUCAAAUUUUCCUGGCCCCGAUCCACGAGGCAAGAUAGGCAGCCAUCGAGGAUCGUCGACGUGACGGACCUUGACAAUGAUGACGAUUCGCCUACACCAGUUACAGAGACUCAUUCAUCGAGGCAUGGCCCCGAGCUUCUGCAAUAUAAUCAUUGUUCGGCAUCACCUUCGGCGUCCACAGUCGUUCUGCCGCUAGACAGUGACUCGCCGUUUUCAACAGCUUCGACCCUCGUUACGUCCCAGAAUCUCACAUGUCUUCAUUCGCCAACAGGGAGCGCUGCGCCCUAUAUUGGCAUAUAUAGGGAAAACCCCCGUUAUGUCCCGUCAAGUUUUGGGUUGGAUGCUAAGAUGGAUAGCAUGGACCGAAAGCUUUUCAAGUUCUAUGUACAAAACUGGUGUCCAGGAAGAAGCGUCUUGAAAAGAACUAACCUAUGGUUGACCGAUUUUGCACGGCUUCAUAACCAGGAAGGUGUCCGGGCCGCUAUACACUCCCUAGCCGGUGUCUAUAUUCACGACUAUCUACCUAAUGACAGUGUUCGGCGUCGUGUCAACGAAAGGUUCCGCAUUGCCGAGGAUCGAUUAAGCCAUCUGCUUCAAAAUCCACAUCAUCUUAGUGACGAUGAGUCAAGCGAGCUGGUCACUUUGGUGUCACUUCUCUCCAUGCAGGAUAUCGUUCUGACGGAACGCAGGCUCAAGAAGCCUUAUCAUCCCCGCUGGUUGACGGGUUUCAAACAGGCGGAGAAUAUCCUGCAGCUCACAGAUCCAGGUAAUCGCUUUUACAAGAAGUCAAAUGUGCAGGUCGACACUCUGCGUUUAUCGCAGUCAGUCAUUGUUGGUAGAGCUGUCAUUUUGGCUCAGCCAAUGAUGCCACAUCCGCCUAUCGCGACUUUUGAUCCUGCAGCUGAGACUGCCAGGUUUGGUUUUCUUUUGUACGGAUCUGAACAGGAGAUCUAUGAGAUACACGGUGGAUGUGGCUUCUCUAAGCGGCUUCUGCACAUAUUUAGCCAGGUGACGUACUGUUCCGCACGCAUGAUUCAAGAACCUGAGACACCUAUCGUGCCUAUAACGGCCAAGAUGCUUUACGAACAGCUCCUCACCCUCAAACAGUGGAGUGGCGAGUGGGACAGCUGGGAAGCUGCGCAAGAAAAAACUCAACAACCAAUAGACUGGAUUCGCCAAAAGGGCGAGACGUACGUCACGAAUGAAGCCAGAGAGAUGACCGAGGUGACUGCAGAGGCAUGGAGAUUGGCUGGAAUGAUCUAUUUACAGUGCCGCCUCUUCAGACUCCCCCGAAACCAUCCCGAAGUCGUUGCGAACCUAGCCGACUUGGCCAAGACUAUCUCUAUUAUGCCAACAUCGGGUCUGGUAUUCACGGCUCAGGCACCACUUCUUCCGGUCUUUCUCCUUGGACUGCUCGCCACUGUUGAAGACCAUGUCCAAGUUGCGCACGAUUGGUUUCAACAGGUUAUUCACACUCCUGUUCGCAGUAGUGUUCCGCCUCUUUACGAUGCUUUGGUGCGCAUCCAGAGCUGGAAGGACAUCGAGAUUCCAGUGCCCGCGCCAUGUAUGGAACUGCCCCGUACCAUUGCCGAGAGGCAACCCUGGUGGGAGCAUAUGGUGUCCAAGGUUCAAGAAAAGGAGGUUGAAGUCCUUUGUCUUACAUGA